AUGGGAAUUGAGCACCUGAAUAUAUUCAAAGCAGAUAUCGACAGAAUUUUGUUCUACAUGGGAGUCAAGGGUUACGGAGAACAGAAUGUCUGGACAAAUUUGUGGGGCAAAGCAAUUUUAAUGGGCCAUAAAUGUGGCCUUCAAAUUCAAAGAGAGCACAUGAAGAUUGAGGGUAUUUAUCAUUGUGAGUAUUACCUGGGCAAGAGAUGUGCCUAUGUCCACAAAGCAAAGAACAAUGCUAUCACUCCUGGUGGUAAACCAAAUAAAACUCCCAUCAUUUGGGAUAAAGUGACUUAUACUUUUGGUAACAGUCAAGUUCAUGACAAGAUCACCACUAACCUGCCUGCAAAGGCUAUUGGAUAUAAAAUUCAUGUGGUACUCUGUCUAUCAAGAACUUAA